UUCGUUAUUCAAUCCGUCGUAACGAACGCCCAGAUAUCCGUCAAUCUUGGAAAAUCCAAUUCUUUCUUUGGCAAUGUCUAUAGUGUUAUAAAAUUAACUUUAGUCGAGAGACAGAAACUCUCCAGUUCUCAGCUUGGAUCGCUCGAAUCAACAAACCUCGAAUCAAUUGGAAACCUAAUGUACACACACAAUAACCCGUUCUCUGACUCCGAGAACCGAAAAGAACGUCAACCGAGCAUCAGUUGGAAUUCUGUGCAAAGACAAUCGUCAGAGAGCAGCAGCUCUUCUUCUCAAAGAGGUUCCCACAGCUACUUCAGCAGCUCCAGUAGCGAAGAGAACUUUAUUCCUGAUCCUGAACCUACAGCAGAAUUGCACCUGGCUCCGAACGUUCCGCUGUUACCCUUCUUUAUCGGCUACAAGGGCAAGAAUAUUCAGAUGUCCGAUAAGGUCAAUGUUGUGGACAAUGCCUACAACAUAAUCUCUCAAAUAGCCGAUGAACUGCAAAAUCCCUCUCAGUUGCCGAGCGUACACUUGCUGGAGAAAUACGUAAUCUUGAAAAACCUCCUUCGCGUCAUGAACUAUGAACAAUACACUGAUUUAGUGAAUCGCGUCUAUAGUGGGGACGGAAUACGGGAUAAACAGCGUCAUACAGAUAGCAAGGCCGUUUUACGCGACGCAGUCGCACAAGCUGGAACUGGACCUGCUUUGCUGACUAUUCAAAAUUGGCUACAUAAUGGAAAACUUGGUGACGCAGAAGCGGCACGAGUUAUCUCCCAAAUUCCCAAGAACGUUCGCAAACCAACAGCAAAAUAUGUUAGAGCAUUUUUCGAUAUGAUUGUCCAUCCAGCAGUAUUGCAACAGAAAUAUGUGAAUGUGUCCGCGCCUUUAGCUCUUGGCGAAUUGAUCCAGAAUGGUCAAACCAUCUGGGAAUUAUCUCCGAAACAGAGUUCCAGUCCUAUGAGUGCGAAAGAUAACAAUGCAGUGAUCGACCUCGUUAUUUCCUAUCUGACUGAUAAACUGAAAGAAGGCUUCGACGAAAACAACGGUCAAAAAAUUCAAACAUUUAUCUUGGCACUGGGUGUUACCGGCCAUCAGAAGAUUAUCUCGGUCUUUGAGCCGUACUUAGAAGGCACGCAGCCGGCGUCGAAUUUCCAACGUUUGGUCAUGGUAUCUUGCUUGUACGUCUUAUCCAGAACCCAACCGAAAUUAGUUGGGCCCAUUUUCUACAAGCUCUACGUGAACGAGCUCGAAGAUCACGAGAUACGUUGCGUAGCGGUAAUGUUAUUUAUCGUGACCAAUCCACCUCUGAUUACAAUGCAACGCGUAGCGAAAUACACCCAUUACGAUAAGAACGAACACGUGAACUCUGUCGUAAAGACCACGCUACAGAGCCUCGCUAAUACGAAACGAUUAGAAUUGCACAAUAUCGCUGCCAAGGCGCGCCUUGUCACACAUCUAUUGAAUCCUAAGAAAAAUGCUAAUGCUAACUUGUUGUCACGAAACUACUACAAAGACAUUGAAAACAGGAUCGUUAGGAGAUUUAGUCUGCAAACUGUCGGCAGUGACAAUAGCCCACUACCUGUACUUGUACACGUUGGUGUACAUACCAUCUUCGAUUUCAUGAAGCAGCCUACCAUGGAAGCAGGAUACACAAUAUCGAACAUCCAGCAGUUAAUUGGUAAACUUUGGCCCUCGGAGGAAGAAAACGGGAGAGAAGAAGCACCACAAAAAUCGCGCGUUGAAAAGCUUGCGCAAGCACUUAAGAUCAAACCCGAAUACCUGAACAAGUUGGAAGGAAGCGUUUACCUUGACACGAUAUACGGUUUGAUAUUCUAUCCCUUUGAGAGUAACUCAGUUCCCAGCUUUUCCAAUCGUAAGUAUUCUGAAUUGUACUUUAAAAUUAAAUUACUUUUAAAGAUAUAAAUUAUAACUAUUAUUGCAUUAC